AUGGCGGUUUACACCCGAAACAGCACUUGCGUCGGAUCUAUGCUCAGCAGCAAAGAAGCGCGAGACGCGACUCCAAUCCCCAUCAACAUCCCGCCAUCCAACCUCGACGAGAUCAAAAAAGACUGCGACUCGUUCACGUUCGACGCGUUCACCUCUGACGACGCGUGGGAGCUUGGCCACCUGCUCCAUGCGCGGCUAGCACUACUGGCCGGCACGCCGACGCUCAUCUCCAUCUCGCUGGCCAACAGCAGCCAGGUCGUGUUCCAGUGCGUCAGUGGCCCGGGCACGGCGCCGGACAACGAGACGUGGGUCAAGCGGAAGCGGAACAGCGUGCUCCGCUGGGACUGCAGCACGUGGUACCUGCACUGCAAGUACGGCGGCGACGAGGAGGCGUUCCGGCUCAAGUUCGGCAUGAGCGCCGAGCAGGCUAGCCAGUACGCGAUCCAUGGCGGCGCCGUCCCCAUCCGCGUCCGCGGCGUCGAGGGCGUCGUGGCCGUCGUCGUCGUCAGCGGGCUCAAGCAGGCCCAGGACCACGGCGUCAUCGUCGACGUGAUCAAGGAGAACUGGCAUCGCGUGUAA